AUGGAAUAUCUUCAAACACUACUUAUCUCACUCUUUCUCUUCUUCUCUACCAUGUUCUUGUUGACAAAAUCAAAGCCAAAACCAAACUUGCCACCGUCUCUGAGAAACUCAUUGCCAGUGAUCGGCCACCUCCACCUGAUGACGCGACCAUUUCAUCGAAAAUUACUUUCAUUCUCAAGAUCCCUAGGAAAUGCUCCAAUCAUCCACCUCCGCUUAGGGCAACGUCAAACUUACGUCGUCUCGUCGCGUGCCAUAGCCGAGGAAUGUUUCACCAAGAACGACAUCGUCUUUGCGAACCGUCCUGUGCUGAUGAUAAACAAGCAUUUAGGGUAUAAUGCAACACAUAUGGUCGGAGCAUCUUACGGCGAUCACUGGCGAAGCUUACGUCGAAUCACCGCCGCUGAGAUAUUUUCGUCCAUGAGGCUCUCUAUGUUCUUGCCUAUACGUAAAGACGAGAUCCGGCGGCUUUUAUUACGUCUCUCCCGAGACUCCAUACACGGAUUUGUUGAGGUGGAGAUGAAAUCACUAUUUACAAACUUGGCAUUCAACAACAUCAUCAGAACUAUAGCUGGGAAGCGAUACUACGGUGAUGAUGCAGAGGACGAAGACGAGGCCAAAUUAGCGAGGCACUUGGUGUCUGAGGCUAUGGCAGGUGAUAGUGGAAGAAACCCAGCUGAUUAUCUUUCGUUCUUGCGUUGGUUCACAGAUAGUGAAGCACGGAUCAAAGACGUAGCUCAUCGUUUCGACGCAUUCUUGCAAAAACUAGUCGAUGAGAAACGUGCGGAGAAAGAGAAAAGUAAGACCAUGAUUAAUCACUUGCUUUCUCUCCAAGAAACCCAACCUGACUGCUACACAGAUGUUGUCAUCAAAGGAAUCAUCCUUGACUUGAUAAUUGCGGGUACGGAUACAGUAGCUAUAACGCUAGAAUGGGCAUUGUCUAACUUGUUAAACCAUCAAGAUAUACUAAGGAAAGCAAGAAUUGAAAUUGAUGAUAAGAUCGGUUUGGACCGGUUAGUGGAUGAACCGGAUAUUGUGAAUCUUCUUUAUCUUCAAAACAUAAUACUAGAAACACUCCGUUUGUAUCCUGCUGCUCCAUUACUACUCCCUCACUUGUCAUCUGAAGAUUGCCAAGUGGGAGGUUACGACAUGCCACGAGGCACAAUGUUACUGAUGAAUGUGUGGGCCAUUCAUAGAGACCCGGAGCUAUGGGAAGAGUCAGAACGGUUCAAGCCGGAGAGGUUUGAUAAAGAAGGGGAAGCUCAAAAGGUUAUGCCGUUUGGGCUUGGAAGACGGUCUUGUCCUGGAGCUGGGCUUGCUCAUCGGUUAAUGGGCUUAACUCUUGCAUCGUUGGUGCAAUGUUUCGAGUGGGAGAGAGUUGGUGUCGAACAAAUUGAUAUGAGGGAAGGGAAAGGUGUCACGAUGCCCAAAAAGGAGCCCUUGCGAGCCAUGUGCAGAGCACGUGUUCUCGCCGGUAACAUGAGAGAAGACUUUCUUUGAAUAGGUUAUACG